AUGACUCUUCACUCUGACUCAACUGCUGAUCUACUCUUCACUCUGACUCAACUGCUGAUCUACUCUUCACUCUUAACUCUACUCCCUUCCCUUCACGCCCCGACGCAGCGAGGACGAGCUAUGGGCGUGGCGCCUGGAGGAGGGUCCCUUGGGGCGGCGCCUCGUGUCCUCGACGAUAGGAUUCGGCCUCCUGCCUCCCGACACCGUCCUGACCUCCUGGUGCCUCAGCGGGGACGCGUACGCGUUGGGCGUGGGCGGCGGCUGGGUCAUGGUGAGCGCAGGCGGCGAGGUGCGGGCGCGGAUGGGCGGCGGAGGGCGAGGCGGACCCUGCCACGACGGCCCCCUCACCGACCUGUACCUGCACGGCUCACACCUGUACACCACCGGAGGAGACGGUUGGCUGAGAGUGUGGGAAGCAGAGACACUGGAAGAGCGGCCGUGACUGCAGCAGGAUACAAUUAG